AUGCUUCCCUUCUAUGAUUAUCACCCCUCUCUCACCCUGCAACCCCACCCACAACAAGACUGCAAUCAAUUCUCUCUACCCGAAAACCCCACCACCUUCUACUCUCCUUUUCCUCGUCAUGCUCUUCCACAUUGUUACUACGACGAUUUUCUCUCUCGACAAAGUCAGCCAUCUGUUUAUUCUGAUUUCGUCUCUCAUAUACCUGCAACUCCUCUCUCCUUUCCUUUUCAUGAGCGAAGCCCGCUCGUGGUGGAUGCUCCACCGAGAAAAGCUCGGGUUUCAGGGAGCUCGAAGCCCAGAAAUGUUGGUCUAGUGAGAGAAAGUCGUAGAGAGAGAAAUGGGUUAUGGAGGCCCAAGGAGAAGAGCGCUGAAAAUGGAUCUGACCCGAUUCUUAUUGUGGAAGAGCUUUCGGAUGCUCAGAGUACUACUGUUAUGAUAAAGAAUAUACCCAACAAACUCAGUCGAAAAAUGUUGGUGGAUCUGCUUGAAAAUCUUUGUAAGGAAGAGAAUGAGAAGGGUGGGAUUUUAUCAGAAUUCGAUUUCGUGUACUUGCCCAUGGAUUUUCGGAGCAAGUGCAAUUUAGGUUAUGCCUUUGUCAACUUUACAACAACGAGAGGAAUGAAGGCUCUCUGCUCCAAAUUACAUGGAUGUCAUUGGCAAAUGUUGUCCUCCAAAAAGAUUUGCCGAGUCGCCUAUGCCCGCCUUCAAGGGAAGAAUGCCUUGGUGGAGCAUUUUAGAUCAUCGAACUUUCCAUGCGACAGCGACGAGUACCUGCCUCUUGUAUUCACUCCGCCAAGCAACGGUUUGGUACCCUCUCAAUCAACCAUAGUGGGAACACGGGUUCCGCACUUAUUCUCUUCGACCUCGUUGUCACUUGCUUCCUGA